AUGACUCCAUCACCGUUUCUCGAUGCUGUCGACGCUGGCCUAUCACGAUUAUAUGCGUGCUUUGGUGGGCAAGGGCCCAGUAAUUGGGCGGGACUCGAUGAGUUAGUCCAUCUCUCGCACGCCUACGCGGACUGCGCCCCUAUACAGGACUUGCUCGACUCUUCUGCCCGCCGUCUAGAAUCACUAGCAGCGAUCCCACACCGAUCGUCAUUUUUUGCUGGGCGCGGGUUCCAAUUACAGGCCUGGCUCAACGACGCUGCUGCAUCCGCACCACUGCCGGAAGAUUUGGCGCUGUCUCCUUAUAGCUUUCCAAUCAACACUCUGCUGAGCCUCCUACACUAUGCUAUUACUGCGUACAGCCUCCAGCUGGACCCUGGUCAGCUCCGCCAAAAGCUCCAGGGAGCUAUCGGACACUCUCAAGGUGUAUUUGUGGCCGCCGCAAUCGCCAUAUCUCACACUGACCACGGAUGGCCAUCCUUCUACCGCGCGGCUGACCUUGCCCUGCAACUGUCGUUUUGGGUCGGGCUGGAGUCACACCAUGCUUCUCCAAGAAGUAUUCUGUGUGCAAAUGAAGUUAUCGACUGCCUGGAAAAUGGUGAAGGCGCUCCGUCACAUUUACUGAGUGUGACAGGCUUAGACAUUAAUCAUUUGGAGCGGCUGGUGCGAAAGCUCAACGACCAAGGUGGAGAUUCGCUCUAUAUAUCCCUUAUAAAUGGCCACAACAAGUUCGUUCUGGCUGGAGCACCACAUGCUCUGCGAGGAGUAUGCAUAGCACUUCGUAGCGUCAAGGCAUCGCCCGAGCUCGACCAAAGCCGCGUUCCCUUUCCCCUGCGUCGGUCCGUCGUCGAUGUCCAGUUCCUUCCAGUGUCAGCUCCCUAUCACUCUUCUCUUCUGUCAUCAGUCGAGCUAAGAGUGACUGAUGCCAUUGGCGGCCUUCGCUUGCGGGGUAACGAUCUCGCUAUACCAGUUUACUGCCAGGCGAAUGGAUCUCUCCGGAACCUGCAGGAUUAUGGCACGCACGAUAUUCUUUUGACCCUCAUACAGUCCGUUACUGUUGAGCGAGUUAACUGGCCCGCUUUGUGUUGGGCAAUGAACGAUGCUACCCAUGUGCUCUCAUUUGGGCCUGGCGCUGUUGGGAGCCUGGUGCAGGAUGUUUUGGAGGGAACGGGUAUGAACGUCGUUAAUCUGUCCGGCCAGUCUAUGGCUUCGAAUCUAUCGUUGCUUAAUCUGUCUGCUUUUGCUCUCCCACUUGGUAAAGACUGGGGUCGCAAAUAUCGCCCGCGGCUACGGAAAGCAGCUGAGGGAAGUGCUCAUGCAUCCAUUGAAACCAAAAUGACGCGGCUGCUAGGAACACCACAUGUUAUGGUGGCAGGGAUGACGCCAACAACAUGCUCACCUGAGCUUGUAGCGGCUAUCAUUCAGGCGGACUAUCAUGUUGAAUUUGCCUGUGGUGGCUAUUACAACCGAGCAACGCUAGAAACAGCACUCCGGCAGCUGUCGAGGUCCAUCCCUCCCCAUCGCUCAAUCACCUGCAAUGUCAUCUAUGCUUCCCCCAAAGCACUUUCCUGGCAGAUCCAGGUGUUGCGCCGCCUGAUUAUGGAAGAAGGCUUGCCAAUUGAUGGGAUAACGGUCGGCGCUGGGAUCCCAUCGCCCGAGGUCGUGAAGGAGUGGAUUGACAUGUUGGCAAUUUCACAUAUUUGGUUCAAACCGGGGUCUGUUGAUGCAAUUGACCGCGUCCUUACCAUCGCAAGGCAAUAUCCGACACUCCCCGUUGGGAUCCAAUGGACCGGGGGUCGUGCAGGGGGACACCAUUCUUGUGAGGACUUCCAUUUACCGAUUCUCGACUGUUACGCCCGUAUCAGGAACUGCGAGAACGUCAUUCUCGUGGCUGGCAGUGGAUUCGGGGGUGCUGAGGACACUUGGCCAUACAUGAAUGGCUCUUGGUCUUGUAAACUGGGUUAUGCGCCUAUGCCCUUUGAUGGAAUCCUCCUAGGGAGCCGCAUGAUGGUGGCUCGUGAGGCGAAGACAUCGUUCGCUGUAAAGCAGCUUAUAGUCGAAGCCCCCGGAGUCAAGGAUGAUGGGAAUGACAACGGUGCUUGGGCAAAAUGUGAACAUGACGCAGUUGGCGGUGUUAUCUCGGUCACUUCAGAGAUGGGUCAACCAAUCCAUGUGCUUGCGACUCGAGCAAUGCGUUUGUGGAAGGAGUUCGAUGACCGGUUCUUCUCAAUUCGGGACCCUAAACGGUUAAAAGCUGCAUUAAAACAACAUCGUGUUGAAAUCAUUAAUAGACUGAAUAACGACUUUGCCCGGCCGUGGUUCGCGCAAACAGACAGCAGUAAACCAACAGAGAUUGAGGAGCUGAGCUAUAGGCAAGUCUUACGCCGUCUCUGCCAGCUUACAUAUGUGCAGCAUCAGGCACGCUGGAUCGAUUCUUCCUACCUCAGCUUGGUGCAUGACUUUCUCCGUCUUGCACAAGGACGCCUGGGCUCAGGUUCAGAAGCUGAAUUACGCUUUCUUUCCUGCAACACUCCCAUAGAGCUGGAAGCGUCGUUUGACGCAGCCUACGGCGUGCAAGGCGACCAGAUACUUUAUCCGGAAGAUGUAAGCCUUCUCAUCAAUCUUUUCCGCCGACAAGGUCAGAAGCCGGUGCCCUUUAUUCCGCGGCUCGAUGCAGAUUUCCAGACAUGGUUUAAGAAAGAUUCUCUAUGGCAGUCUGAAGAUGUAGACGCUGUGGUGGACCAGGAUGCACAACGUGUUUGCAUCAUACAAGGGCCUGUAGCCGUGCGUCAUUCGCGAGUAUGCGAUGAGCCAGUUAAAGACAUUCUUGAUGGGAUUACUGAGGCGCAUUUGAAAAUGAUGCUCAAGGAGGCAGCUUCUGACAACGGUUACACUUGGGCUAACCAGCGCGAUGAGAAAGGCAAUCGCUUACCUGGCAUUGAAACAAGCCAGGAAGGCUCGCUGUGCCGGUAUUAUCUUGUCGGACCUACCCUCCCAUCGACGGAGGCAAUAGUCGAACACCUUGUUGGUGAGUGCGCCUGGGGCUAUGCUGCCCUCAGCCAAAAAAAGGUUGUUUUUGGGCAAAAUCGCGCUCCAAAUCCGAUUCGGGACGCUUUCAAGCCAGAUAUUGGAGACGUCAUUGAGGCAAAAUAUAUGGAUGGCUGCCUUCGUGAAAUCACGUUGUAUCAUUCCUUGCGUCGGCAAGGAGACCCCAGGGCGAUACGUGCAGCACUGGGACUGAUACAUCUAGACGGCAAUAAGGUAUCAGUGACAUUGCUAACUCGCUCAAAGGGCAAACGACCCGCGCUGGAGUUUAAGAUGGAAUUGCUCGGAGGAACCAUGGGCCCUUUAAUUCUCAAAAUGCACCGGACUGAUUACUUGGACAGCGUGAGGCGCCUGUACACGGACCUGUGGAUUGGUCGAGACCUUCCUAGCCCAACUUCUGUCGGUCUGAAUUCAGAAUUUACUGGCGAUCGAGUGACAAUAACAGCUGAGGACGUGAAUACGUUCCUGGCUAUUGUCGGUCAAGCUGGCCCGGCCCGUUGUCGAGCUUGGGGGACACGGGGCCCAGUUGUGCCAAUUGAUUAUGCUGUCGUUAUAGCUUGGACUGCACUCACAAAGCCAAUACUGCUCGAAGCACUUGAUGCGGACCCUCUUCGACUCCUCCACCAGUCUGCUUCAACUCGUUUCGUGCCUGGCAUCCGCCCGUUGCAUGUGGGAGAUACAGUGACAACUUCGUCGCGCAUAACCGAGCGCACAAUCACCACCAUAGGCCAGCGAGUUGAGAUUUCUGCAGAGCUCCUCAGAGAGGGAAAACCGGUGGUUCGACUCCAAACGACAUUUAUAAUCCAGCGGCGGCCAGAGGAGAGCGUAUCCCAGCAGCAGUUUCGUUGCGUUGAAGAGCCAGAUAUGGUCAUACGUGUUGACUCCCACACAAAAUUAAGAGUCUUAAUGAGUCGAAAAUGGUUCUUGCUAGAUGGACCUUGCUCAGAUCUUAUUGGGAAGAUAUUGAUAUUCCAACUGCAUUCGCAAACGGUAUUCGACGCCGCAGGAGCACCUGCUUCCCUGCAAGUUUCUGGAUCAGUUUCACUGGCCCCUUCUGAUACCUCAGUUGUCUGUGUCUCUUCGGUCGGCACCCGGAUUGGACGUGUAUACAUGGAGGAGGAGGGGUUUGGAGCGAAUCCAGUCAUGGAUUUUCUGAACCGCCACGGUGCACCCCGAGUCCAGAGACAGCCGCUCCCACGGGCAGGCUGGACUGGCGAUGACGCUGCAUCUAUAUCGUUUACUGCCCCUGCCCAAAGCGAGGGUUAUGCAAUGGUAUCUGGAGAUACAAAUCCUAUUCACGUUUGCCCUCUGUUCUCUCGUUUUGCCGGGCUGGGUCAGCCUGUUGUGCAUGGGCUGCACCUGUCUGCCACCGUGCGGCGGAUUCUGGAGUGGAUCAUUGGCGACAAUGAACGGACCCGUUUCUGCAGCUGGGCGCCCUCCUUCGAUGGACUUGUCCGGGCAAACGACCGGUUGCGAAUGGAGAUACAACACUUUGCAAUGGCGGACGGGUGUAUGGUGGUCCAUGUAAGAGUGCUUAAGGAGAGUACGGGUGAGCAAGUAAUGCAUGCAGAGGCGGUACUCGAGCAGGCCCAGACAACAUACGUCUUUACCGGCCAGGGCACGCAGGAGAGAGGAAUGGGGAUGGCCUUGUAUGAUACGAAUGCUGCUGCACGAGCAGUAUGGGACAGAGCAGAACGGCACUUUAGAUCCCAAUAUGGCAUUUCGCUCCUUCACAUAGUCCGUGAGAAUCCUACGAGCCUUACUGUCAACUUUGGCAGUCGGCGUGGUCGGCAAAUCCGUGAUAUUUAUCUUUCUAUGUCCGACUCUGAUCCAUCUAUGCUGCCUGGCUUGACUCGCGACUCACGAUCAUAUACAUUCAACUAUCCUUCUGGGCUCCUAAUGUCAACACAAUUUGCCCAGCCCGCGUUGGCCGUCAUGGAGAUUGCCGAGUAUGCGCAUUUACAGGCGCAAGGCGUCGUCCAAACACAAGCCAUCUUUGCUGGACACUCGCUGGGAGAGUAUAGCAGCCUCGGUGCCUGUACAACUAUCAUGCCUUUUGAGUCGCUUUUAUCGUUGAUCCUCUAUAGAGGGCUCAAAAUGCAGAAUACCCUGCCGCGCAACGCUAACGGGCGUACUGACUAUGGCAUGGUCGCUGCCGAUCCAUCGCGAAUCCGAUCAGACUUCACCGAAGACCGACUGAUUGAGCUAGUGCGACUUGUCAGUCAGGCAACUGGCGUGUUGCUGGAGGUGGUCAACUACAACGUGCAUUCGCGGCAGUACGUAUGUGCCGGCCAUGUCCGCUCUCUCUGGGUACUCAGCCACGCGUGCGACGAUCUAUCCCGGUCGACAUCGCCAAAUAGCCCACAAACCAUGAGCGAAUGCAUUGCUCACCAUAUCCCCAGCAGCUGCUCUGUCACGAAUGAAACUGAACUAUCCCGUGGCCGUGCAACCAUUCCACUUGCCGGGGUUGAUAUUCCGUUCCACUCGCAGAUGCUACGGGGACAUAUUGAUGGCUACAGACAAUAUCUGAGGCACCAUCUGCGGGUGUCUGAUAUCAAGCCGGAAGAGCUCGUUGGACGGUGGAUCCCCAAUGUAACAGGGAAGCCCUUUGCGUUGGACGCACCAUAUAUUCGAUUGGUACAAGGGGUAACGCAGAGCCGGCCGUUACUAGAGCUGUUACGGCGGGUUGAAGAGAAUAGGUAGCUGGUACAUGUUCUUAGCUUAUAUCAUAUCGGCAGAACGGCCGCUAAAUGGAUGAAAUGGAAGGUA